AGUAAUGCAAUUGUAAGGACAAGAGAUUCAGAACGCUCAAAUUGGAGCUGGAGAAUGUGACACGAUAUGGAACACUCAUAGGGACAGAGAUAUCAAUGCAAGGAUUACUUUACCGUUAAAACAAUUACUGGAAUUGAUGGCAAUGCGCAAAGACACGCGCGGUUCUUUGGCACGCUGGGGACCACCGCUUGGAAUGUAGAAGUGUCUCUUUUUAUCGAAGAAUUGGAUUGGAUAAACCACUGCUGAUUUGGGAAUUGCGGUUUUGAGGAUUACAAAUAUGAUUGAUAUCUUGUACUUGUUGUGCCUCAUACCUGUGUUAGGUGCGGUUACAGACCUGAUGAUGAUCUCCAACGCAGAGGCCUCCACCCCUCAGCGCUUCUCCAUAUCCUGCCUCACGGGGCAGCGGGAUGCAGCAGAGCUAGAACUGGACAUCAAGAAGGACAACAGCAUUCUCAUCCUCCCCUCACCGUCCCGAUACAGCGUCAAGAGGCCCAAGACCAAGGAGGUGGUGGCCAAUGAGUUUGUGGGUAUAGUGGACCAGACGGGCAUCUUUUACUGUCAUGCAUCACAGGGAACUAGUCCUACUAGAAACCUGGUCACAGUCACUCUCAUCAACAACUAUGGCAAAGGUCUUUUUGUCCCGGCCCACCUCACAGUGACGACUAACAGAGGAGACACAGUCCACCUGGCCAUGCAGGUACUCAGCUCCCAGAGGAGAGAUGUCACCUGGAAGUACAAUGGAAACUAUUUCUACAUGACCCACUGGGGUGAUGUGUCCAACAGUACGACUGUACUAACCCUGGAGGACGUGAGUAAUGUCAACGAAGGCAUCUACAGUGCAGGCUUCGUGGGAGACAGUCCCAUCAAUGGAGCCUGGAUGAGGCUGAUUGUCAGAGACUGUGCCAGUAAGAAGUGGGGAGCCGACUGUGACAAGGACUGUCCAGAGUGUCUCAAUGGAGGGGUGUGUCAUGACAGUGACGGGGACUGCAUCUGUCCACCGGGGUUCAUGGGGAUGCGCUGCGAGACAGCCUGCAGAGAGGGCAUGUUUGGUCGUAACUGCCAGGAGUGGUGCAGGUCAGAGCUGGACUGUGUAGGGCUGAGGUUCUGCCUGGCUGAUCCUUAUGGAUGCUCCUGUGCCAGCGGAUGGUCUGGGAACCACUGCAACAGAUCCUGUCACAGGGACAUGUACGGGGCAGACUGCAGGCUGAGCUGUAGGUGUAAGAACGGGGGAGUGUGUAACCGCUUCAGUGGAUGUCAGUGUCCCACUGGCUGGAGAGGACAGAACUGUGAGAAAUCAGACCGCGCCCCCCAGAUCUUGGACAUGGCCAGUAGUCUGGAGUGGAACCUCAACUCCAGCCCCAAGAUCCUGUGUUCCGCCACAGGCAACCCCCUGCCCAGCCACACCAGCAUCGAGCUGCGCAAACUGGACAGUUCUGUGCUCAAGGCGUCUCGCACCACCAUGGACUCCAAUAAGAGCACAGCCCAGUUUGACAUCCCCCGUCUAUCCAUUGAGCAUGCUGGGUUAUGGGAGUGCAGGGUCUCCACCAAUGGGGGACAAGACUCCCGCAAGUUCAACCUCACUGUCAAAGAGCCGCCUUGCCCCAGCACCCCUCCCAAGCUGCUGGAGAAGAGGAGUAAGCAGCUGGUGGUGAUGCCUGUGGACUCCUACAGAGGAGACGGACCCAUCGACUCCACCAAGCUCCUCUACAAGCCCAUGGAGACCGGAGACUCCUGGUCCUCCAUCAUAGUGUACAGUAGAGAGCCUAUAACUCUGAUGAAUCUGAAGCCAUCUACACGCUACCACGUCCGUGUCCAGCUGACCCGCCCUGGGGAGGGAGGGGAGGGGACUCUGGGGCCUGAGGCCAUCAUGGAGACUGACUGUCCAGAGCCAACGGUUCGACCAGAGAUUGACUUCAGCUCGCUGGAGGGCCGCAACGCCACCGUACGCUGGCUGUUGCCUGGCAACGCGGGCGGGGCCGUGGGUGCGGCCAGCGGGUUCUUAGUGCAGCUCUUCAGGCCCUCCCCCUCAGGAGAGAAGUUGAGAGAGGAGACCACCCUGCUCAAUGUGCUCUCCACCAAGUUCUACAACCUGCAGUACCACCAAGACUAUACAGUGGUUGUCAGGCUGCUCAACUGUGGCAGUCUGGGGCCCGCCUCUAAGCCUUACCACUUCCGCAUCAACAGCCAGGGUCCCUCCUCACCUCGUAACGUCCUGGCCCUGCCCCUGUCUGUGUCUGCGGUGCAGGUGAAGUGGCAGCCCCCUGAGGACCCUAACGGGGGCAUAGUGAAGUACAUCAUAGAGUACCAGCCGGUGGGUCAGGGCAGCCUGCAUCCCUGGGUAGACACUGACGAUGGCAACAAGACGGCUAAAGACGUGACGGCGCUUAACGGGAGUACUCUCUACCAGUUCAGAGUGAGAGCCUUCUCUAAAGUACCGGGGGAGUGGAGCAAGUUUGUCCAUGCCAGGACCCAGGGAGAUGGCUUCCAGGACUUCACUCCAACCACCCAGGGUGUGGGGGGGCGUCCAGGCAGCGAGGGCUACCAGCUGGUGAUGGCGGUAGUGGGGUCUGUGACGGUCACCUGUGUCACCAUCCUGCUGGCCCUGCUGGCCCUCUUCUGCAUCCGCAAGACCCUGCUCAACCGCAGACGCAGCUUCCCCUACCAGUCUGGAUCGGUGAGAGACAGAGGAGAGGAGACCAUCCUUCAGUUUAACUCUGGGACCCUGACCCUGACGAGAAGACCUAAGCCUGCCGCCGAGCCUCUCACCUACCCUAUCCUGGAGUGGGAUGACAUCAAGUUCGAGGACGUCAUUGGAGAAGGCAACUUCGGCCAGGUCAUCAAGGCCAUGAUCAAGAAGGAUGGGGUCAAGAUGAGCGCCGCUAUCAAGAUGCUGAAAGCAGAGUUUGCCUCUGAGAAUGACCACCGGGACUUUGCAGGAGAGCUUGAGGUGUUGUGUAAACUGGGCCAGCAUCCCAACAUCAUCAACCUCAUAGGAGCCUGUGAAAACAGGGGGUACCUGUACAUUGCCAUUGAGUAUGCCCCCUAUGGUAACCUGCUUGACUUUCUGCGGAAGAGCCGAGUCCUGGAGACAGACCCCGCCUUCGCCAAGGAGCAUGGCACCGCCUCCACCCUCACCUCACAACAACUGCUGCAGUUCGCCGUCGACGUGGCAACUGGCAUGCACUACCUUAGUGACAAACAGUUCAUCCACAGAGAUCUGGCAGCGAGGAACGUUCUAGUGGGAGACAACCUGGUCGCUAAGAUAGCAGACUUUGGUCUGUCCAGAGGAGAGGAGGUCUACGUCAAGAAGACCAUGGGGAGGUUGCCUGUGCGGUGGAUGGCGAUAGAGUCCCUAAACUACAGUGUGUACACCACCAAGAGUGACGUAUGGUCUUUCGGUGUACUUCUAUGGGAGAUAGUGAGUUUAGGUGGUACUCCGUACUGUGGGAUGACCUGUGCCGAGCUUUAUGAGACGCUCCCUCAGGGCUACAGGAUGGAACAGCCCAGGAACUGUGACGACGAAGUGUAUGAGUUGAUGAGGCAGUGCUGGAGAGACCGGCCCUAUGAGAGACCUCCGUUCUCACAGAUCUCUGUACAGCUCAACAGAAUGCAGGAGGCCAGGAAGGCCUACGUGAACAUGGCGCUCUUCGAGAACUUCACCUACGCUGGGAUAGAUGCCACGGCCGAGGAGGCCUGACUACCAGCCCCCCCAGACCCCGACAGGUCACGUAGCCCACGGGAGAGGCCCCGAGGCUGGGCACCGCGUUACUGCCACCCCCCUGCUGCGGCCCAACGUGGGGACCGGUGGAACAACAAACGAUCCACCCGGACCACGAGGGUAUAGAGCGAGGACUGUGAAAGGACACUGUGGGGGUCUGAUGGGGGUCUGAUGGGGGUCUGAUGGGGGGGACUGGUUGGGACUGGUAUGGGAGAUGUAGCACUUGACUUAGGACACACCGCUGUGUUUGUUUGAAGGAAAGUGUGGGAGAGGAAGGUGCUACAGGAAAUGCUACUACACUGCCAGGGUCACAGGCUACUACACUGCCAGAGUAUGUGGUGUGCCCUAUGAACUUUCAGCCCUCCGUCCAAAUGGAGAGAGGACUUAUUUGACACAUGGACACACGUGGAGUUUGCUGUCGAUUCUGAGAUGGAUUGAGAUGGAUCCAACUGGGCAAAAACAUACAAUGUAGCACUUGAACCAGAAUUAUGUGUAUAUUCCCUUAUUUCCCGUCUUUCGGAUUGGGACGUUAAACCGCUGUCCUGAUUCUGUGGUCACUAAAGAUCCCAGGGCAUUUAUCGUAAGAGUAGCCGGUGUCCUGGCUAAAAUGUCCAAUCUGGCC